CUCUAUACAAGUGAGGCUGGGAGAGUACAACAUUGAUGUGCGGGAAGACAGCGAAGUGGUCAGGAGUUCUGCAGCAGUCAUUCGCCAUCCUAAAUACAGUUCAAGAAGCCUUGAUAACGACAUUAUGUUGAUCAAGCUGGCAUCCCCGGUGGCCUACAGCGCCGACGUUCAACCCAUAGCUCUGCCCAGCUCCUGUGUCAAGGCGGGCACCAAGUGCCUGAUUUCGGGGUGGGGAAACACACUGAGCAGUGGCUCCAGUUUCCCUGAGAUUCUCCAGUGCCUGCAGGCUCCAGUCUUGAGUGACCGAGAGUGCCGGAACGCUUACCCAGGCGAGAUCUCCAGCAACAUGAUAUGUGUAGGAUUCCUGGAGGGUGGGAAAGACUCAUGCCAG